AUGCAGGUGCCAGCGUCGCGAAAUUGGCUGCUGCCGUUCCACCGAGCGAUCCUCGCGCGGCUGAUACCAGAGGAUGGAAAUGAGGAGGAUAGAGAUCGUCUUGUUUUGCUUGCACCCGGACUUGGGCUUCGGCGCAUAGUAGCGACGUUUCUGUAUGCAUACGCGAAUAGCAAGAACCUUGUUCUGUUCCUAAAUGCAUCUGCCAGCGAGCUGGCUGGCCUGAACAACGACCUCAAAGCACUGGGUGUUGGACAUGAUACAAUUAGAAGCAUUCAUCACGAGGUGUCCGGCAAGCAGCGCUCGGAAGCGUACAUGGAAGGUGGCAUUCUAAGCAUCACGACAAGGAUCCUCAUUGUUGACAUGCUCACGAAGCGGAUCCCAACGUCGCUUGUGACUGGGAUUGUAGUGCUGCAUGCUGAAAAUGUAACUCCGACUUCGACCGAGGCGUUUAUCAUCCGCAUUUAUCGCCAGGAAAACAAGCAAGGGUUCCUCCUGGCAUUUUCGACGCAUGUCGAACAGCUCGCUGCGAGCGCUUUAGCGCUGCAGACGACAAUGGCACAGCUGCGGCUGCGGAACGUUGAUAUUUGGCCGCGCUUUCACCAGUAUGUUGACCGCGAUCUUGGACAGAACCGUGCUGAUGUCACCGAACUGCACCAGCCGCCGACGAGAGCGAUGCGCAUGAUCCAAGCAGCAAUUGUCGAGUGCCUCGAAGCAACUCUUGGAGAGAUUCGACGGAGCAAGCUUGCGGUUGAGGUCGAUGACUUCCAGGCGGAAAGUAUGCUGCACAAAGCAUUCGAUACCAUCGUACGCAAGCAGCUGGACCCUGUAUGGCACCGGCUCGCCCCCUCAACCAAACAGCUUGUUGGCGAUCUGUCGACGCUGCGCACACUGCUCCACUAUCUCGUCUCUUAUGAUGCCGUCACGUUCUACAUGUACCUCGAAACUGUUCUAGCCGCAAAUGCGGGCGAGCCCGGGCGGACGAGACAGUCGCUCUGGCUCCUGAGCGAUGCGUCCAACGUUAUUUUCCGCGAAGCACAGCGGCGGCUGUGGUGCGAAACAGACGGUUCUUCAGAGCUUGUCUUAGAGACUCCCCCGAAAUGGGCCCUCUUACGCGAGAUCCUCGACGAGAUCGAGCAAGACGCUCAACAGCGCAGUGCUCCGAUCCUCAUCAUGACAGAGACGGAGCGUAACGCUGCGCAAUUGCGUAUAUUUCUUGCACAUGCAGACGAGGAUCCAGCACAGCCAGGGCGUCCCGUCAUGGCGGCGUCGUUUGCCGAGUAUGUUGCGUGGAAGCAGAACAUGGCGCAGCUACACCAAACGUCACAAGUGCCAAGCGAUACACGCCUGAGCGAAGCGCUGCAGAGCAAAGUCGCACGCGCGCCACAGUACAAACGGCGAAGGGUGCGGGGUGGUAUGACGGCGCCGGCACAGACCCACGCGGCGCACAGUGUGCAUGUCCCCAUUGCGCCGGCACAGACGGAUGCGCACCUUUUACAAGACAUGCACACCGACGAAUGCACUGUUGACGACACGUAUUUUGGUGUAAUCGAUCCUGGCGACAUUGUUGUGCUGCACACGUACCACGGCGACGACGACGAUGCAAUUUUGGAAGCGCUGUGCCCCGGGUACGUGAUCAUGUACGACCCAAGCCCCCGGUUUGUGCGCCAAGUCGAGGUCUACCGACGACUGCAUCACCAAUCGCUGCGCGUUUAUUUUAUGCUCUACACAGAUACACUUGAGGAGCAGCUGUACCUAGCCGGCCUACGUCGCGAGAAGGACGCAUUUGAGCGCCUGAUCCGGCAGAAAGCGACGAUGGCGAUCCCACUGACAGCUGAUGGCAACGUGGAAGAGGAUGCUGACCAGCGCAUGCUCCGCUCCCUCAGUACUCGUAUUGCUGGCGGCGCUGCGCGGCAUACUAUUCCCACGGUCGUUGUCGAUAUGCGCGAAUUUCGUUCGACGCUGCCCUCGCUGCUCCAUGCAGCGGGGAUGCAGGUAGUGCCUGCGACGCUGCAGGUCGGCGACUAUGUCAUUGCGCCCGAGAUGUGUGUCGAGCGCAAGAGUUUGCCGGAUCUUGUCCAGAGUUUGCAUUCUGGCCGACUCUACACGCAGUGCGAAUCGAUGUCCAUCCACUACCAGCAUCCCAUCCUGCUGAUUGAGUUUGACCAAGACAAGGCGUUCACACUUCAGUCGCUGGGUGAGAUGAAGCAUACGAAACCCAUCACGCCGCGCACUGCGCCCAACGACCUGGAAGUGCAAGGCAAGCUGGUGCUGCUUACGCUUGCUUUUCCGCGCCUGCGGAUCAUCUGGUCGUCGAGUCCCUAUGCCACGGCAGAGAUAUUUGCAGAGCUUAAACAAAACUACGACGAACCCAGCCCAGCCACAGCGGCGGCGAUUGGGAUGGACAAUGGCACGUUGAGCGAACAAGCAUUCAACCUCACGCCCGUCGAUAUGCUGCGAGCCAUGCCCGGUGUGACGGCUAAGAAUUAUACCUAUCUAACGAACCAUAUCGACAGCGUGCAGGCACUCUGCCAUGUACGCCUGGAGACGAUUCAGCAGCGCAUCGGCGCCGAGCCUGGACGCCGGCUGUAUACCUUUCUGCACACUCAGCUCGUACGCUGA